GGGAAGGGCAGGUACUUGAGGUUGUGUUUGUAUCGGAGCUGUGAGAUUAAACUGGGCGGCGUGUUCUCGGUCCAAAGACCCACGUUGUGGUACAAGAUUUACACCAAACCUACCUGCACAUUUCUCAAUACAAUUUUAGGCACUCUGUCUGUACGAAAAGGAUGGGAGGCAACAGCAGCAGCCACGUCUCGUAUGAAGACGACCACGUUACUUUUGUGAAGGGCAUUCGGCUGACUGACAAAGUCAUCAAUCGAAUGAGAGAGGAGUGCCAGGCCCAGAAGGUUGUCCAUCCUCACUCACAGCAGAAUGGACCUGCUUCCACGCUCUCAACAGAACCUGUGGUCCCUGUGUCCACACCGGCCCCCACAGUCGAUCAUUUGGUCCCCCUUCUGGUCUCCCCUUCCCUGUUUAUCCCCACACCUCCCUGUCCACCUGCGGCCCUACCCACACCUCCGUCUCCCCCUGUUCAGCCAGUAAAGCUUACUCCUCCACCUCCUGUCACAUUUGUCUCUGCUCCCUGUCCACAUGCGGCCCUACCCACACCUCCCUGUCCACAUGCGGCCCUACCCACACCUCCCUGUCCACCUAAGGAAUCGAUAGUCCGAGCUCCAACUGUUGAACCUAUUGUUCCACCUCUAGAUACCAAAGUGCUUCCUCAAGGGGCAGAACCAAUACUUCCUCUGGUGCCUUUAGAACCUAUAGCGCCAUCUUUGGCCCCAUCUCCACCAAUAGAAGAACCAGUACCCGUACUCCUAUGUACCCCUACAACUGAGGAACCUGUAGUUCUGCCGACACUGGCUGAACCUAUUGUCCCACCUGUCCCUAUAGAACCCGUAGUACCACCUAAGCCUGUGAAACCUGUGGUUCUAGCUUCUCCAGCUGUGGAACCAAUUGUGCUGCCUCCAGUGGUUGAAUCUGUUGUCCUACAUCACCCUGUAGAACAGGUAGACCCACUUACCCCUGACCCUUCACCUGUUGAAGCUAUUGUCCUGCCACCUGUUGUGUUUGAGGAAGUAGCAACACCUACCCUCGUAGAACCGGUAGUCCUGCCACCUGUUGUGGAAUCUGUCACCAUUACGACACCACUUGUUGUUGUUGAAGAGGUUGUCCGACCCACACGUCCACCUGUAGAGCCCUUACCGGUCUCUACUCCUCCGCCUGUUGCAGAACCUCCGCCUCCCCCAGUCCUAGCACCUAUCCCAGAGCCUAUGAUGGAGGAAGUUCCUCCAGCACCAUGUCCCUCCAUGGAGCUGGCCACCCUGCCUACUGCAUCGGCUGCUAGCAAACCAACUGAUCUCCCUCCCCCUGUAGAAGAGCCCAUAGCUCCCCCUCCUCCUCUCUCUGCCCCAGUAGAACCCAUGGUCAGCAUUCCACUACUCCCUCUCAUUGAAAACGUGGCUGUUCCAGUCGUGGCUCCUGUUGUGACCCCCCCUGUGAUCCCACUGCAACCUCCAUUAGUGGUAGAUGAAGAAGUGCUGAGGAGGCAGAUCCAAGCUGAGCUGACGAAGGGCCUGGAAGAGGAGAUGAAAGUGAAGCGGCAAGAGUUUGAAAAACAGUUGUAUGAGGUGAAGGUCCAGGCCAGAGCCCAGGCUCAGGCUGUAGCCCAGGCUCAGAUCCAGGAGGAGGUUAAGAAAAUCCUGGAAGUGGAGAAGGCAGCGCAGGGAGAGAACCUGAUGGCGGCCAUAGAGAAGGAACGCAUGACCACAGAGGAUGAGAGACUCAUGGCCCAGCUCUACGCCCACAAACUGGAGGAGAAAGAGAACCAGGUGAAGAAACAAGAUGCACUCUUCAGGGAACAGGUCGCCAAGCUGGAAGAAAAGAGUGCUCAGUUCUUCAAAGUCACCACAGAGAACUUCAAGAAGGGCAGAGAGGACGCUCACAACACCUUCAAGCGUGUUGACAUCAAGCCAGUGUGUGGUGACCUGCAGAGUCAGAUCCUGAAGUGCUACAGGGAGAACACUCGACAGACCCUCACCUGCUCUGGCAUCGCCAACUUGUACAUGAAAUGUGUGGACAACCACAAGACUAAGAGCAUUGGAGGUUAGAAGAGCCUAAUUUUUCACCAAUGGCGUUACUGUUUAACUAGAGGGACAGGAGCUGAUCGCCAUCAGCCAUCAAAACGCACCAAAAACCAGUUGAACUGUUCUGAGACCACGACCACCACAGCUGAAGACACUCCUGCUCCACCAUCCCUUCCUCCCAUCCAUGGUAUCUGUAUUAACCCCCCCCCCCCCCGAGAGGGUCAGAGGUAGAAUGAGGAGCCCAUGUCCUGACCCAGUACAGGCUAGAGACUGGUACUGAUGUCAAAGGAUGUGAGAGAGAGCGCACAAUAUGGUUCUUGGGUUCACAAAUGGACAAUGCUAUUAGCACUACACUGACGGAAAAUGGACAUUGUUACCAUGACUACACUAUGACAGGAAAUGGAACUGGAAAUGCAACACGUGCACUACACUAUGACAGAAAAUGUACAUUGUUACUGUGACAGGAAAUGUGAGACAUCUCAUCCCUGACUGAAUAUAAAAUGCUUUAUACAUCUCCACCAAUGGAAAUUUUGGGAUUACGGUUUUGCCGUUGACAGCAGUAUGAAACAUAAUGGAAUGGCCAAGUUGUGAAAGAUAUUGUUUGUUGAGUGUAUACGCACCUAUGCCUUAAUGUCCUAUCAAAAAACAAAUGUUGCCUAUGGAACUUUUUUUGUUUGUAAUUUUGAUCUUUAUUGUUAUAAAAUACAAACGAUAUGGGGGUGGAAACUG